AUGCUCACUGGAGAAUCCGACGAAGUUGAUGGAGCCAUUGGAAUGACGGACAACAAUUUCUUGGAAAGCCGUAAUGUUGCCUUGAUGGGAACAAUGGUCACCAACGGAAGCGCCACUGGACUGGUAGUCCUCACUGGAAAAGAUACAGUGAUGGGCCAUAUUACCGUUUCUUCGACUUCUGUGAAGGAGCAACCGACCCUUAUCCAGCGUGAAAUCGCUCGAUUUGUCAAGAUUAUCGUCGUUCUGACUGUCUUCCUCGCUGCUCUUCUUCUUUUCACUUGGGUCGGAUGGCUCCGGGUUGAUCAAUUCGAGUGUAUGAAUGUCAUUGAUAUGCUUGACGAUGUUAUGGGCUGUGUCGUUGCAUUCAUCCCAGAAGGAAUGCCCGUUGGAGUUGCGCUGACACUCAUGAUGAUUGCCACACGCAUGAAAAACAACAAUAUUUUACCGAAAGGUCUUUCCACUGUAGAAACUCUGGGAUGUGUCAAUGUUAUUUGCUCUGACAAGACUGGUACUUUGACUGAAAACCGGAUGAGUGUGACCACCACGGCCUUCGCAGACCAAACUUAUGACGUCGACGAGGCCCUUUCCGCAACCAAAGAAAAAAAAUAUCGCUCCCUUGAAUAG